CAGGAGAGGCCCAGGCGCCCGUCGAGCCCGGGGAGUCGAGCUGAGCCUCGCCGAGCGGGGCGGCCGGUGGCCCCGGCCCGGAGGCUGCGAGCGGCCCGGGGCACUCCCGGCCGAGGCCUGCAGGGGGCCGCCCCGUGCGGGGAUGGUGCCCUCGAGGGCAGGCAUCUCGGGGUCCAGACUCCUGCGGGGUGCCUGUGCCAGUUGGGGCAGCGUCCUCGUCCGCCCGACCCUUAGGCCCCGGGUCUCAGGCCCCAGGCUCGGGGUGGCGGGCUUGCUUGCCGGGAACGCCCCUGCGCUCCGGUAACACACGUGCCCGGGGCCUCAGCCGUUUCCUCCCGGUCUCCGGCCUCACACUUAGGCUCGCCCCUGCACCUUCCCUGCUCGGGCCCUCGGGCCGGGAAGUCUCCCCCGCGGGGCCCGCGCCCCCAGCCCUCCGUGAGCGACGGGGGUGCAUCUCGAAAUCUUCUCAGAUCUCCAGAGUGAAACUCACUGUGGACGAGAUUCUACCUUGGAGGGACCAUGGAGCAGUAUACAGCGAACAGCAAUAGUUCAACAGAGCAGAUUGUUGUACAGGCUGGACAGAUUCAGCAGCAGCAGCAGGGUGGUGUCACUGCUGUCCAGUUGCAGACUGAGGCCCAGGUGGCAUCCGCCUCAGGCCAGCAAGUCCAGACCCUCCAGGUAGUCCAGGGGCAGCCAUUAAUGGUACAGGUCAGUGGAGGCCAGUUAAUCACAUCAACUGGCCAACCCAUCAUGGUCCAGGCUGUCCCUGGUGGACAAGGUCAAACCAUCAUGCAAGUACCUGUAUCUGGGACACAGGGUUUGCAGCAGAUACAGUUGGUCCCACCUGGACAGAUCCAGAUCCAGGGUGGGCAGGCUGUGCAGGUGCAGGGCCAGCAGGGCCAGACCCAGCAGAUCAUCAUCCAGCAGCCCCAGACAGCUGUCACCGCUGGCCAGACCCAGACACAGCAGCAGAUUGCUGUUCAGGGGCAGCAAGUGGCACAGACUGCUGAAGGGCAGACCAUUGUCUAUCAGCCAGUUAAUGCAGACGGGACCAUUCUCCAGCAAGUUACAGUCCCUGUUUCAGGCAUGAUCACCAUCCCAGCAGCCAGUUUGGCAGGAGCACAGAUUGUUCAGACAGGAGCCAACACCAACACAACCAGCAGUGGGCAAGGGACUGUCACUGUGACACUACCAGUGGCAGGCAAUGUGGUCAAUUCAGGAGGGAUGGUCAUGAUGGUGCCUGGUGCUGGGUCUGUGCCAGCUAUCCAAAGAAUCCCUCUGCCUGGGGCAGAGAUGCUUGAAGAAGAGCCUCUCUAUGUGAAUGCCAAGCAGUACCACCGCAUACUUAAGAGGAGACAAGCCCGGGCUAAACUAGAGGCAGAAGGGAAAAUUCCAAAGGAAAGAAGGAAAUACCUGCAUGAGUCUCGGCACCGUCAUGCCAUGGCACGGAAGCGUGGUGAAGGUGGACGAUUUUUCUCUCCAAAGGAGAAGGAUAGUCCCCACAUGCAGGAUCCAAACCAAGCAGAUGAAGAAGCAAUGACACAAAUCAUCCGAGUGUCCUAACCCCAGGCCAUGUGAUGGAGCUGAUCAAGGUCAUGUUCCUCACCACUGUUCCAGGAGAUUGAUCAACUCUUCCGAUGGGACACUGAUGAUCACAUUCUGCCCUUUUCUACAGGACAGAAACCACUUAAGUUUUUAAUAAGUGGCUCAGUAUUAUAAUUGCAGCAAUGUCUGGCAAACUGAAGUUGCAAGCCUUUGUCUCACCCUUUCAGUCAGGACCUAUUUCUGACUGUUGAUGACAAUGACAUUUCAUGGAUUGGGAUGAUGCAAGGGAGCGAUGCCAGCCUAGCAGUACCACACACAGCACUUAUGUUGACUGGUGAAGCCAGCCAGCCAUCUCAGCAGGGGAGAACAACCUCCUCGACCUAAACUGCAAUCAGGGAAGCCGCAGCCCACUCCUUCCCGAGGAAUCUAAGCAGCAUCCAUCCCUCUGAAGGGAGGUCUCAGGCUGAGGAACUGAAUGGACACUUUGUAUUCAGAGAUGGCUUCCAGGCAAGGAAGUUCCCUCUCACAAUAUGGAAACAAUAAAUUCUCUGAGAUACUUUCAUCUAAUCUGUGGUAAUGAGAAGAAUCUCUGUCUGCCCAGAUGAUAGGUUGGUAUUUUUGGACUCCGGCCAAGAAAAGCUAACCCUGGGGAUAGAAUGAUAAAAGACUCAAGCACUAAAAAUUUAAAUUGCUCAGUCUUGUUUUUAGCUUGACAAGUUGUGGUCUGCUUGUCCAUCUGUUGACAGGUCAUCUGGACCAUAGUUCUUGCUGUGGCUACUUUUAAGACAAUGUAGAGGGUGUUGAACCUUGAAACUGCCUUUCCUGAGUAGAGAACAAAACUAUACAACAAUUUCUAUGCUGAAGUGCUGAGGACAUUUGUAGUAACUCCUAAAGAGAGCUAAACUAGAAAGCUUCAGUCAUAGGCUUUGUGACAGCAUUUGGGCAAUAGAAGGGUUCAUAUGUGUUUCAGUCUAGAAGAAGAGAGAGAGUGACAUACAUACCCAUGUGUUGUCAUAUAGCAUGAUUCUCCAGUGGACGGAUGCCUGGGAUGGAUCAUUAAGAAAAAGAGAAUAAUUUACAUUUAUACUAUAACCUUUAAACAAGCAUGGAAAGGGAGAAGCCUGAGAUUUGGUCCUCGACAAUUUCUGGAAAGCACUGUUCAUUCACGCUAUCUUGGACAUAUUCCAAGUUACUGGCUAGAAGCUGAGGAGGAUGUUGGCUUCAUCUUGCAGCGCUUUGUGCUGGCCCCAGAGAGUAAACUUUCUCAUUCUUCCCAUGGCAGCUGAUUCUUUGGUGCCAGUUUCCAUUUGUUUCCCCUUUUCUCCACAGGCCUUGUGCAGAAGGCUUUUCACAUUGCAUCCAUGUUCUGGGAUAAAUUGCAGACUGGAAAUAGAGAUGCCUGCAGGGUCAGGAACUGGGCCACAGUUCCCAGAAUGGGUUGUGCCUCAGAAAUCUCUCUCUUUUCUAGAUGUUAAACCUGGGAAAACUAAGAUGAUAUUUUGGAGGAGUUGCUGCCUUCUCUGGAAACAAAGAAGGAAAACCUAAUUCUUCUGAAGAACAUUUGCGUUUCAUUUAAAUACCAAGAGAAAAGAUUGGCUCUUUCUUUGAUUUCAUUCUAAUUGUAUUAAGAGGGAAAAGAAAUUAAACCUUCUAAAAAAAAACAUCACAAAGGGAAAUCAUUGUAAUGUUAGAAAUAGAGGGACAGAGCUGUGUAAGGAAGUGAAGUGUCUCCUGAGUCUCUGGAAUCUAGUCGUCUGUCUUGGCUUCCAGAUGUCAGGAGGGGCUGACUCUUUGAUAGGCUCACUAGAAACUUCUGGCUCUUUGCAUGAGUUUCAGAUAUUAGUUUUAUUCAGUAAGCCCCAAAUUUUUCAGAUGAUAGAUUACUAAAAACAAUAAGGAAUUUAUAUCGCUUGUUUCGUUCAGAAGUCUUUAAGAUGCAGAGUUCAGAAAGAAAUCCUCAGACCUAAUUUCUAAUACUUAAGCCAACAACAGUUCUAAAAUGUUAUUUAUUUGUGUCUGUAAGUUUGUACAUAGUAUUACCAACCUCAUAUUGUUGAUUUUUUUUUUAUCAGUUUUGAGUUUUGUUUUGUUUGAAAUGAUAUGCUUCAGUUGUCGUUUUGUCAUUGCAUUUCAGAUAGCUUAUGGCCCUUUUAGCACACCAUAAUACACAAAGUGAGUGGUUGAGGUUUGGAAUUUUUCUUUAUUUUUACCAGUUCUUUUAUUCAUUUGUCAUUGUGACUGUAAGUGAUGACUUCACAGAUGCAGAAAGAGUGAAUGGAUGAGUGAAUAAUUGGUUUAAUGCAUCGUUUUUUCACUUCUUGAGUGCUUUUUUUUUGCAGGAUAAUUGUAAAUGUAUAUAUUUUAAUUGCACUGAUACAUGGAACAUGUCAGUGUCUUAUACCACUGGACCAACACAGCAUUUUCUGGCUAUUGGGUGCCUGAUGAUAAUGUUUUGAUUUUCCUUUGGGACUCAACUAUGUAGAAGGCUUUUCCCCCAGCAGUAGGGGGAGUACAAAGUGAUCGAUCAUUGAUGUCAUUGCAAUUACUAUUUUUUAAAAUAAAUUUAUAAAAACACUAAAAA